GGAUGGAGCGCCGCUUAAAUUUGACAUUUGUAAAUAAUGUUAAUUUCGCUGUUGAGAUCGUAGUUUUACGGUUAUCUAUUAGAAUUUCUAGUGCAUUAUUCGCCCUCAGUUGUGGUUAGGUCUGGAUUGAGUUCAUCAUGAAUGUGAAUCAAGGCACCGUGGGCAGUGAUCCGGUGAUUCUCGCCACUGCUGGUUAUGAUCACACCGUGAGAUUCUGGCAGGCUCACAGCGGCAUCUGCACGAGAACCGUCCAGCACCAGGACUCUCAGGUAAAUUCUCUUGAAGUAACGCCUGACAGAAGCAUGAUUGCUGCUGCUGGUUAUCAACACAUACGUAUGUAUGACUUAAACUCAAAUAAUCCAAACCCUGUGAUCAAUUACGACGGCGUCAGCAAGAACAUCACGUCUGUCGGCUUUCACGAGGAUGGUCGGUGGAUGUACACGGGUGGGGAAGACUGCAUGGCUCGCAUCUGGGACCUGAGGUCAAGAAACCUACAGUGCCAAAGGAUAUUUCAAGUCAAUGCACCUAUUAAUUGUGUGUGCCUUCAUCCCAAUCAGGCUGAAUUAAUCGUUGGGGACCAAAGUGGUGUUAUCCAUAUCUGGGAUUUGAAAACAGACCACAAUGAACAGCUCAUUCCAGAGCCAGAUGUGUCUGUCAAUUCAGUCCAUAUUGAUCCUGAUGCUAGUUAUAUGGCUGCAGUCAACAGCUCGGGGAACUGUUAUGUGUGGAAUUUAGCUGGAGGAAUAGGUGAUGAGGUGACACAACUGAUACCCAAGACCAAGAUCCCUGCCCACAAACGCUACUCGUUACGCUGCAAAUUCAGCCCAGACUCCACAUUACUGGCCACAUGCUCUGCUGACCAGACCUGUAAAAUUUGGAGAACCUCCAACUUUUCUCUAAUGACAGAGUUGAGUAUUAAGAGCAACAACCCUGGAGAGACGUCCCGAGGUUGGAUGUGGGACUGUGCCUUCUCUGGAGAUUCACAGUACAUAGUUACAGCGUCCUCUGAUAACCUGGCACGUCUGUGGUGUGUGGAGACCGGAGAGAUCAAACGGGAGUACAGCGGCCAUCAGAAGGCGGUUGUGUGUUUGGCCUUCAAUGACAGUGUCCUUGGAUAGUUUGCCGAAGAAACUCAUGGAUCUAUGAACCAUCCUCAUGGUAUUAAAUGGACUUUAAUGAUUGAUAACCCCUUAAUGACUAUGAUGCUAAAGACUGAGCAAAAUGCAUCCUUAUCAUUGCUAAUUCAAAUGUUUGGUAGGAUACAUAAACUUUGUUGCAUAUAACCCAGUAAUUGAAUGCAUCCACACAUUUUGCAAAUUAAUGUUUCAGUAACACAAUCCGAAUACAUUUAGCUUUUGAUUAUUAUCCAAUAUCCAGACAUCACUGAAUGAUUCUCGUCUUGAAUUAAAAUAUAUGAGUGAACACAAUGGUGCUUUAUUGUAGACCAGCAGUGUUUUCCAUUACUCGUCUGCAUCAGGUUACAGUCUUUGAGCCAAGUCAUGUUCAAACCACUGCAAAAAUGGGGCUAAAUACAAGAGAGGAUGAAGAGAAUGAUUUAUCAGAUAACAUGACAAGAUGGUUCUGGCUUUGUUGCCAGAUUGGCAUUAAAUAUGGCAUUUUUUUAGCCUUUCCAGUUGCUCUCGUCGAUGAGAAGACAUUUGUUUGUUUGCCUGGCGUGUGCUGGUACACAGGAAUGUCACUCUGGCAGGUAGUAGAAACACACAGAAACGCAAAUGUUGCUGGGGAAGCAAAUGUCGAUGCAGAAGUAAAUAAGUCUUUGUUUCCCGGGACCUUCAGAAGAAGAAAAAAAAGAAAAGAAAUCUCAAGGUUCUUAUUUCUAUAGAUGUGCCGCUGACAAUCAUAAUCAAUGUCCUGUUCCUUGUUCAUGCUCUGCUGGUUGU